GUAAAAAAUGGUUUGUCUCGCAAGCGGCGCUACUCGAUAGCACUGGAAUCACAGUCUUGCAGACAUCUUUGAGGGAUGAGGUGAGUUUUUGAACGGAUUUCAUGGAAUCUCCCGCUGGAACCCAUGUUGGAUGGUUCAUGUAAUCCGCGCCCCGUCACAUAUUUUAUUAUUGUCAAGAUCUAACAAAAAUGGAAGGGGAAAGGAAUGAAGCGUCUCCUCCUCUAUAAAUUCCCCCCUCUCGUCGCCAACCCCAAACUGGAGGGUGGAGAGAGUGCGUGUGAAGAAGUGGUUUUCUCGCGGUGUCUUGGGCGGCCAUGGCUCCGAGAGGAAGAACAAGGAAAGUAGGACUGAGGCGGAUUGACGCCGCCAUCGAUGCCUUGACCCCGUUAGGCUUCUCCCGCGAAAUCGUGUGCAAAACCGUCAAUGAUCUUCUGAAGGUCUAUGAGGGAGAUGAAGGAUGGGUAUUUCUCGAGGAAGCUUCAUACAAGAUGGUCAUCGAAACCAUCCUCAGCAACCAAGAGGAAGAGGAAGCGCAGGCUAGGAGGGAGGAAGAGAAGGUGAAGAAUGAGGAAAGAACUGCAGAAAAUUAUGAGGCUGAUGAAACAGUUUGCCAUCGUGAUGUGCUGUCAAACACACCUCAAUUUGGGGGGGAUAUUGACUGGAAAGACAUUUCUUGUGUGGACGGUUUAAGGCAUAGCUUGGAUGGUCAAGGCCAACCCACUUUGACUUCACAUGAAAUGGACCAACCUGGUGGUUGUCCCAGGCAAAGGCCUCCAUGUUUUGGCUGGUUAAGUGAAAGUGAGGAUGAAAAUGAAGUGGAGGAGCCUGAGGACGAAGAUUGUUUAGAGGAGCCUCCGAUUAAUUGUUCUAGUGUUUAUCGGGAUCAGGAAAUGUUUGAAUUUGCCGGGAGCCUGCAUCAUGAGAUGGAGAGGGAGCCUCCAAGUAACACAUCUUUAAUUUAUCAGAAGCAGGAAGGGGUUGACUUUGCUGGAAGCCUACGUCUUGAAGUGAAGCAGGAGUCUCCAAGUAAUGCUUCUAUCAUUCAUCAAGAGAAAGAAUCGGCUGGAUUUGCUGGAAAUCUGUAUCAUGGAAUUAAGCAGGAGCAGGAAGAAGUUGAAUUUGCUGGAAGCCUGCAUCGUGGAAGGAAGGGAAGAAGUGGAUGGGAUGUCAAACAUUCUGAUAUGUAAAAAAGGCUAUCAGUUCCAAGUGUUGGGUGGUGCAUCCCCAAGAUUUGGGAUCUGGCUAAUUAUGCCAGGUGGUUCUUUUGUUCUUUAAAAAAAGGAAAAAAAACAAGACAUUAAAAGGUGAGAUGAUGCUAAAAUUUUGUUGUUUGUUUGCUAGCGAACUGUUGUAAGAUGCUAAUCUGCUUCUUGGAUCAAGGAAGUCGGUGUAUGCAGUGCUGAAAUCCUCUGUUCGUUUUCUUGCUGGCUAAUAUUAUGUAUGAAA